AUGUUGAGGGUCGUUAAUCUAGAACGUUUGAAAAAGUUAUACGCAACAUUUUCACUUGCUCAACUAUUAGAAGAAUAUGGCAUCGAAGAUGAUGAAUUAGUGCCUCUGCCUGAUGAUCCUAAUGUUCUAAUUACAAAUAAAGAUCAUUUUACACCAUUAUGGUACUACGAUAACACCGAUUUCGAUAGCAGAAAUCCUGAUGAAUGGUUAAAAAAAGAUACAAAUGGAAUUAAUUUUCCGGUACCUGCAAUUGUUUACUUGCCUACCAAUUCAAAUGAAGCGUUCUCUGAAACUUACGAUUGGAUGAAUGCGAAUGUAAUUGAUUAUAAUUCAAAACUGAAAAUGUAUUCAGUUGUUACAUUGAAUAACAAUUCAAACAAAGUAUAUACUGAAAUACCUAGAAUACAAAUACAUUUUAAAGGAGAAGAUCCAAGAGAAUUUGUAAAGAGGAUCAAAUAUGCGAUUUUAAGACGGAAAAAUUGUGAAGAUAUGUAYAAGUGGUCUGUUUACCUUAAUAAAGUUAUAAUUGCUAAAAAUUCCAAGUAUAUUUCAGACGCAUUACCAGAUGACAGAAUUAAACAAAUAUUGCGUCUAAUAUUCAACAAUCAAAAAAUCAAUAAAAUGAACAAAGAUAAAAAUAUCAUUGUUCAACAAAUUAAUAACAUUUAUCGAGAAUCGUGCCUAUCAAAUAGGCUUCAAUUAUUAAAAUCUAAGACAGAAGACCAUCACAACACCCUGAAAAUACCAAAUUUUAGUUUUGAACUCUUCACAAAAMAUCCUUCACGAUUAAGUAAAACAUUAAUGGGAUCAAAUCAAGCAUUUAUAAAUUCAAUAAAAGAUUUCAAUAGAAAAAAACUAUUAGAAUUAUCUGAAGUUUUUACAGCUCUCUGUGAGACCAAUGCAGAAAACAGGCUUAUAAAAGAUACAAGUUUGUUAUUUACUGUUUUUCCAGUCGUUGUAACACUUAAAGAAUUUGAAACGAUACAGAUCAAAAAUAUUUCUGAAACUUUUAGCUUGCUUAAGAACUAUUGGAUAAAAGAAAUAACAUUCAAAUGUUAUGAAGCUUUAAAGAGUUUAAAAAACUGUUGGUUUGAUAUUGGAACAAGUAAUAUUAAGACUUAUGAAUCAUCAAUAAACAAAUUACGAAAAUUAAUGACACUUAUUAAGUAUAUGAUGGAAGAACGUCUAAGAUCAAUAGUGAUAAAUUCAGCAAAAAGAUAUACUACACUAAUCGAACAACCUUGCAUCGCAAUGAAAGGUAUUACUGAUGAUUUUGUGUGGGGCAGUGAUUUGAAUAAAUCACCAUUUGAAGAAUGCGCRCCUCCAUUAUUUUCUAUAAUACUCAAUAUGAACGAAAAUGGAGCAUAUUACUCUAUUGAUCUGGAUAAGUUUGAACCUGUUAUUGUGAGUUUAUUUGAACGUGUGAUACUUGAAAGUCACGAGAUACCAGCUAUUCAUCCAUAUUUACUCACUAACCUGAAAUUUGCCGAAAAACCAUAUUUAACAUCAAUAGGAUUACUUGAAACCAAAAUUACCGAGCUAAAAUCUGCCAUUGWAAAUAGUAUUCGCUCAUCUAUUAUUCUAUUAAAAGCAUACUGUAAAGAAUUUCAUACCCAUUCGUGUUUGUUUAAUACGGAAGUCGAGUCGUAUGUAAAGAAAUUCUUUGAUGGUAAUCCAUCACCAAGUAGAAUAAAAGAAGAAAUGUCAAUGCAAAUAACAAUGAAGUUACAACUAGAGAAAACAUUUCCAGAGACUAUUACUAUUGGCCUAUUUGCUAUAAAUAUUGAAUUAUUGAAACAUGUAUUGGUAAGAAAACGAAUCGAUUUAGCAGACUUAAUUAUGAAAACACAUGCGAGUUUAAUAACCGAGAAAAUAGAGGUAUGUUGCGCAACAUACAAUCGAAUGUAUCAGAGGCUUAUUGAAAUUCCAACAUCAAUAGAACAAGUGUUUGAAAUAAAAGAAUGGAUAGAUASCUCAYCACUUUUAAUAAGUAAACAGUCUGAAAUCGUAAGGCAAUUAUUUGAGGAUAUGGAAAUAUUGGAUACAUUUUUAUGGAUAUUAGAUGAUGAACAGUUAAAACUAAAAUAUGUCUCYCAAAUUUGGCCUUAUAAGAUCCAGCUAAGAAUAAGAGAGUCAUUACAAAAUAUAGAAACAUAUAUUGAACGAUUUGAGAAAAUUCAAUUCGAAGAUGAAUUAUUAUUACAAGAUAAUUUGGAAUAUUUAACUAGUGUUAUUUUAAAGUUAAAUAUUGAAAAUAAUUUGUCAAAAGUAAAUGAGAUUGCGGUAGAAGUAAACAAAAAUUGGAAACUAAUUAAAGACCUUAAAUUAACUGGUCAAACUUUAAACCGAAGACAACAACUUUUUGGUCAUACGGUGACACCUUUUGAUAAUAUCAAUCGAUUGCUGGACGAAUUUGAACCAUAUAAAACAUUAUGGCUAAGUGCUUCAGAGUUUUAUAAAUUGAAAAAUGCGUGUAUGCAAAAUCCCUUAAYAAAUAUAGAUAAAUCUACUCUAGAACCUUUGUUAAACAAUUUACUAAACAUUGCCACAAAAUCUAUUGAACAAUUCGCUGAAAUACCUGGUACUUUGAGUGUAGCCAAAGAAAUAAGAACACAAAUUGAAGAGUUUACACCAAUAAUAAAUUUAUUAAAAGGGAUAUUAACUCAAGGGAUUCAGCAAAGGCAUUGGGAUGCAUUUUUUGAUAAAACUGGAGUAAAAAUUAUAUUAUCACCAACUCUGAAUUUUAAAAAAUGUUUGGCAUUGGGUAUUCAAAACUAUAUAGAAGAGGUCAAACAAAUGGCAGACAAUGCUUCUAAAGAAUAUACAAUUGAAAUAGCUUUGAAUAAAAUGAUAGACGAAUGGAAAGGUGUAAAGUUACAAUUGAUGCCUUAUAAUGAUAAAGAUAUGUACAUUUUAACAAUAUCAGAUAAAGAACUACAAAUGCUUGAUGAGCAUAUUUUGAUUACUAAUCAACUAUCAUUAAGCUCGUACAAAGGAAUAUUUGAAGAACCAUUAACUAAAUGGGAGGAUGAAUUAAAACUUACAAACGAUGUAAUUAAAGAAUGGAUCGAAUUUCAAAAGACAUGGAUGUAUUUAAAACCGAUAUUUGAUGAUCCUAACAUUAAAGAUCAGUUAUCUGUGGAAAAUAAAAAGCUCAACUUAGUUGAACGGAUACGGGAACGAAUAAUGAAAAUCGCUUUGAAUAAACCUUGGAAAUUUUUGAACACCUAUCAUAAGUAUGGCCACCUCAAUACCAUACCAUUAGUGCACUCAGGGGUGAUCUUGCCAGUCACAGCAGAGCCACAGUCCACGUACACCAGAUACAAAGAAAAAUCCAGAGACAUACACAGAAGCAACUUCAAGCAAAACAAUUCUAAUAAUGAAUCUAUAUCAAAUAUUUUAUAA